AUGGGUCUGUUAACGGGCCUGCUUCAACCACUAUACCGUGGUUGGGCCCUCACCGUGCUUCUCGCUGCUGUCGCCUACUCAUUUAUCCUGUCUCCUUACUACGCUAAGCAGGCGGCAAUGUCCUGCAGCCUUCACGACUUCAAGGAUUUCGUUCUCGUCAGCUCUCGUGUCGUCACACCCAACGGAGUCAUCCCUGCUGCUAUCACUGUCCGCGAUGGCGUCAUCACAGCCGUUCUUGAAGGCACGGCUGCAGAAUCUCGACCGUCCGGCUUACCCGUUCUGGACUAUGGCGAUGCUGUGAUUUCACCUGGCCUAGUCGACGUUCAUGUUCACCUGAACGAGCCUGGUCGGGAGGAGUGGGAGGGCUUUGUUACAGGCACACGAGCCGCUGCUGCUGGUGGUGUGACUGCAUUGGUGGACAUGCCUCUCAAUUCUUACCCCACCACCACCACCAUUGAAGCGUUUGCAAUGAAGUACAAGGCUGCUGAAUCUAAGAUUAUGGUGGACGUUGGGUUCUGGGCUGGCCUGGUGCCAGAGAAUGCCAAUGAUUCUCACCAGCUGCAACGCCUCGUUGACGCUGGCGUGCUCGGAUUCAAGUCGUUCAUGUGCCCAUCAGGCAUCAAUGACUUUCCGCAUACCAACUCCUCCCAUUUUGAGAGCGCUCUCCCCGUUUUGGCGAAAGCUAAGCUACCUCUGUUAAUCCACUCAGAAGUGGUUCUCCCCACACCUGACGCCUCUGCACCUGCCUCUCACCCUAGCAGCGGCAGCGACAGCAGUGAUGAUAGCAGUGAGAGUGUCAGCAGUGGUGAUGCAGAGGAGGGGGCUAUCAUUCGUCCUGUGGUGGAGAGUGAAGGGGGUUUUGAUGAUGGGGCUGGGAGCACGGCAGGGACGGAGCCAGAGAAGAGUGACGGAGACCCACGGGUGUAUGCAACCUACGAGGCUUCCAGACCUCCCAGCAUGGAGCGCGAGGCCAUUGCUCACGUGCUGAGAGUGGCGCAGAAGACAGCAGCUGGGCAGCCGUGGGAGGGUGCAAAGCUGCACAUCGUUCAUCUCGCUGAUGCCCACUCUGUACCCACCAUCCAGGCAGCCAAGGCAGCAGGGGCAGCAGUGACAGUGGAGACAUGUCCGCACUACCUUGCCUUUGCGUCCUCUGACGUGCCACCUGGGGACACUCGCUUCAAGUGUGCCCCUCCCAUCCGCAGCGAUAGCAACCGCCGCAUGCUAUGGGAAGCACUCAUGGAUGGGGGCAUUGACAUGCUGUCCUCGGACCACUCGCCUAGCCAUCCAUCCCUCAAGAACCUGGACACAGGCAACUUCCUCACGGCAUGGGGCGGCAUUGCAGGCCUGCAGCUGAGCCUGCCAGUGACAUGGACGCAUGGCCAGGCAUUCAACAUGUCCCUCAUGCAACUGGCACGCUGGUGGAGCGAGGCACCUGCACAACUUGCAGGGCUCCAGUCAAAGGGAGCAAUUGUAGCUGGCAAGGAUGCUGACCUUGUGGUAUGGGAUCCGCAAGCCUCUUUUACAGUGGGCGUGGAUGUGCAAGUGUUCCACCGCCACGCGGUGACACCCUACAACAGCAGCAUACUUCGGGGGCGUAUCAUGGGCACGUAUCCCACCCCCGCCGUCUACCCCGACAUCGAGCUCGACGACGAAAUCGACGAUGUCGGGAUGCUAAUUAGCGGGCUCGCCCUCGGGAAUGCGGCGAUGACGGCCGCAGAGUACGUCACCAUCGACGACGGCGAGCCAGCGUCGGCCGAGGGCGCUGCGGGAAAGCCCACGACUGAGCCGGAGGCGGGCCUGGAGGUGGAGCUCUGGCAGGCGCCGACGACCAUGCAAGCCGUCUACGACGACGCCGACCCCGUGGGCCGCGAAGCGCGGCGCACUGCCCGGGCGGCAUGCGAGAUGCUCAUCGGAUAUGCACGGGCCACCCGCAUCACGCCGCGCGAUCUGUGCCAUCUGUUCGAUAUCCGCAACCCCAUCAUAAUCGCGCGGAUGGAGCGGGCGAGCCCGUCGUUCAACCUCAACGUGGCGCCUCAGCCCGUACCCUCCCCGGGCGCAACUCCCACGCCCGAGACCCCUCGUCCGUGCGGCGGUGUGCUGCUCGGCUGGAUGACCCGUCCGUCUCGCCGUCAGGAGCUGCUUGACGCCGGUGUGGGCGCCGUGAUGGACGGGUAUGUGGACACGGCUGAGUGGAUGCGUCUGGGCCAGGUGGAGGAUGUUGAUUGGAAAAUGUUUGUGUUUUGA